UUUAUCCCCAUCCAAACUUGAUGCUGUGGCUAAAGUUAGAUUGGCGUGCGGGGGUAUAUAAGCCCCCGGGGAUAUACGUAUAACGCGGCUUCACACUAUCUUCUCCUUCUUGAUCAUCCAAACCUCCACUCAUACCGUCUCAAGAUGGCACCAAAGAAGGCCAAGAGGAGGCAGGCAGCAGGAGACAGCGGCUCCUCCAACGUGUUCUCCAUGUUUGAGCAGAGCCAGAUUCAGGAGUACAAAGAGGCUUUCACAAUCAUUGACCAGAACAGAGAUGGUAUCAUCAGCAAAGAUGACCUGAGGGACGUGCUGGCUUCAAUGGGCCAGCUGAACGUGAAGAAUGAGGAGCUGGAGGCCAUGAUCAAGGAGGCCAGCGGCCCCAUCAACUUCACCGUCUUCCUCACCAUGUUCGGAGAGAAGCUGAAGGGUGCUGAUCCAGAGGACGUCAUUGUUAGCGCCUUCAAGGUCCUGGACCCCGAGGGUACUGGAAGCAUCAAGAAGGAAUUCCUUGAGGAGCUGCUGACCACUCAGUGCGACAGGUUCUCCAAGGACGAGAUUAAGAACAUGUGGGCCGCCUUCCCCCCAGAUGUUGCUGGCAACGUAGACUACAAGAACAUCUGCUACGUCAUCACACACGGAGAGGAGAAGGAGGAGUAAAGAGCAAGCUAGAAGACAAGAAAGACAACAAUCCCUUUGCUAUUCUGCCUUCCCUGCCCUAUUCUUUCCUCCUCUUCCUCCCCACUCACCUUCUGUGUAAACCCAUGUGCUCAGCCGCUCAUGUUCAAACCAAAGACUUGUCACACUGGCAUGAGAGUGCCGCUGCACAUGGGAUGUCUAUGUUUGCUUAUGGGGAAUAGGGGUGAUUUUCAAUAAAAUUAUCCUGUAACAUCA